AAAAGCAGAAAAGGCAGAGGCGACGAAGUUGAGGCGCGGAAGACGGAGUUGGCGACAAUGUCCACGUGUUUGGUCAACUAAAAACGGCGUCGCAUGGCAUGGCGAUUCACUUUGAUAUGUGAAUUGUAAAGAAAGAACUAAAAUGGCCUAAACAACCACGUGGCCGUUACAUGUUUGAACCGUUAAAGAAACAAAGAACCCGCAAACCCUUCAAUUUUGUAUUUGUACUCCUUCCACCAAAUUUCCCCUUCAAUUUUGCACUUUGUACACACCAAAUCCACUAACCUAUCCCGCUUGUUCUUUUUCUCUCGAUUUCGCAUCUCAUCCCAUUAGAAUAAUCUUCCGAUCGAUUACAUUUCGCAUCCCAGGGUUUCUCAUUCUUCUGAUUUUGCAUCCCAAUCGGUGAUUCUCAUCGUGUUAGGUAUUCUAUUUUUUCAGAUAAUUCUGACAAGCUGUGGUUCUUGCUGCACGUGUAUUGUAACUGUGAAAAGUGCGCUCAGUUCUGAUUUUCUCCCCGUUCGAAAAUUUUAUUAGAUUAGUUAUCCCUAAUUUUUUUCGGAGCUACGAUGCCGCCAUUUUUGUCGACCUCAAAGGCACUUUGCUCCUUGGCAUCGCGUAAGAGUGGAGUCAGUCAUUUGAUUAGGUCUAGCAAGAGCAAGAGCAGUGGGAAACUCUAUGGGUGCAGAUGCAUUAAUGCCAUUGCCGGCAAGGCCACCAAUCACAUUCAGCCUUUCGGUUCUCGUACCGUUUUUUCUCCUUUCUUGGGAACACUGUGCAAUAAUAAUUAUUAUAAUGGCGUCCAAUCGAGACAGUUUCUUGGAUGUGGAGAUGGUGAAGAAGGUGUUCUAUCCAAAACUUACGAAGAGAGGCGCGUUUUGGGGUACUCUCCAGAGCAAUUAUUCAACGUUGUUGCAGCUGUUGACUUCUAUCAUGGUUUUGUUCCGUGGUGUCAAAGGUCGGAGAUACUUAGGCACUAUCCUGAUGGAUCAUUUGAUGCUGAGUUGGAAAUUGGAUUUAAAUUCCUUGUUGAAAGUUAUGUUUCUCAUGUUGAAUUGGACAGACCAAAGCGUAUAAAGACAGCUGUGUCACAAAGUACUCUGUUUGACCAUUUGAUAAACCUAUGGGAAUUUAACCCUGGUCCAGUUCCGGGAAGUUGCAACCUUUAUUUCCUGGUAGAUUUUAAGUUUCAGUCUCCACUUUACAGACAGAUUGCAUCAAUGUUCUUUAAGGAGGUAGCCUCUAGGAUGGUUGGUUCAUUUACUGAGCGUUGCCGUUUGAUAUAUGGACCAGAAAUGCGGGUCCUUGAAAACUCAUAUGGAGAAAGGGCAUGAAGUAGUUUUUCUGCACCAGAGUCUUGUCUUGGAAAUAGUUUUAAGGUCAAUCUGCAUUUUCUGCAUCAAUUGAGCGGGAUUUUAUUGUUUGCUGCUCAAUGCUAAACGAUUGAUCGUUUCUCUUUCUAAACCCCAGUGAUCUUUGUAAUUUAUGUACAUGAUUUCGACAAUAUACUCUGUACAAUCUUGAAAGUGACGUGAAGUUAACAUGAUUUUUU